GACUCCGUCUCCCAGAACGUCCCGCGGCAGGGACUCCGUCUCCCAGAGGGCCCCGCGGCCGGGACUCCGUCUCCCAGAACGUCCCGCGGCAGGGACUCCGUCUCCCAGAGGGCCCCGCGGCCGGGACUCCGUCUCCCAGAACGUCCCGCGGCCGGCCUCUGGCGGCCACGUCCGACUCACCGGGGCCGGGGCCGGGGCCGGGGCCGGGGCGUCUGGGCCUCUUCCCCCGCCGGGGUCGGCGGCUUCCCGUCGGCGGCGCGAUGGACAGCCCCGAGGUCACCUUCACCCUGGCCUACCUGGUCUUCGCCGUGUGCUUCGUGUUCACGCCCAACGAGUUCCACUCGGCCGGGCUCACCGUGCAGAACCUGCUGUCGGGCUGGCUGGGCAGCGAGGACGCCGCCUUCGUGCCUUACCACCUGCGCCGCACGGCCGCCACGCUGCUGUGCCACUCGCUGCUGCCGCUCGGCUACUACGUGGGCAUGUGCUUUGCGGCUUCAGAGGAGUGGCUCUCCGCCCCCGGCCGGGCACCAGAGGCCCGCAGUCUCUUCCUCCUGCUGGCAUUGGCCUUGCCUGCUGCGGCCUGCGCCCUCAUCUGCCACUGGGCCCGAGACCGCUGGGCCCGCCACCCGCUGGCCCGCACCCUGGCACUGUAUGCGCUCCCGCAGUCGGGCUGGCAGGCUGUUGCUGCCUCCAUCAACACCGAGUUUCGGCGCAUCGACAAGUUUGCCACUGGGGCCGCGGGCGCCCGCGUGGUUGUGACGGACACCUGGGUGAUGAAGGUGACCACCUACCGUGUCCAUGUGGCUCAGCAGCAGGACGUGCACCUGACCGUGACCGGGUCGCGGCAGCAUGAGCUCUCACCGGACUCCAGCCUGCCUGUGCAGUUCCUCACGAUCCGUGUGGCCAGCGCCCACCCCUACGUGAAGGCCUUUGACAUUCGGCUGAACUCCACGGAGUACGGGGAGCUGUGUGAGAAGCUGCACGCGCCCAUCCGCAGCGCGGCUGAUGUCGUCAUCCGCCAGAGCCUGGGCGACCUGUUCCUGGAGACGUUUGCAUCCCUGGUGGAGGUCAACCCGGCCUACACUGUCCCCAGCAGCCAGGAGCUGGAGGCGUGCAUCGGCUGCAUGCAGGCCCGCGCCAACGUGAAGCUGGUGAAGACCUGCCAGGAGGCAGGCGUGGGCGAGUGCCAGCAGUGCUACUGCCGGCCCAUGUGGUGCCUGACCUGCCUGGGCAAGUGGUUCGCCAGCCGCCAGGACCAGCAGCGCCCCGAGACCUGGCUGGCCAGCCGCGUGCCCUGCCCCACCUGCCGCGCCCGCUUCUGCAUCCUGGAUGUGUGCGCCGUGCGCUGAGCGGGCCUUGAGAGGCACCUCGGGUCAGCCCUGCCCAUUCCAGAGCCUCCCAGAACCUCCCUAUGACCUUGGUGCUGGCUGAGGGUGGUGCUGUGGGAGGGCCCCCCAACUUGGGCUGGCCGCAAAGGGCCCCUCUCAGCACACAGGUCCUCUCUCUGCCCCUAAAGCCUGUGGGGUCCACAGUGCCUCCUCACACCUCUCUCCCUUUUCUCCCGGCAGGGGCAGGUGCCUGUCCCUGAGGUGUCUCCCAGGAGACCGGGCUCUGAUCCAGACAGUGCUCACCUGGGCCCCUGUCCUAACACAGGGACACACCUGCCCUACUGCUGGCUGGGGCGGCAUGGGCUGUGGAGGCUGCCGGGAGGUUUCUCGGGCUGGGAGAGCUCUUGGGAUGGGGGGAGGACACUGGCCCAUUCCCCUCGGGGGGCUGCGUGAGGGGCUGACUGUUCUCGGCCCCAUUCCCUUGGCCUUGCUUGGGCUGCCCUGCCUUCUGGAGGGCACUCACUGUCCUUGGUGCCUUUUGCUGUCCCCUGGGCCCAGAAGCCUUUCAACUAAGCUGUGGCUCCAUGGGGACACUCGUGGCUCUCCUGUUUGGGGAACGAACCUAUGGAGUGUUCUCUGUAACACAGCACCGGGCCGACCACAGCCUUCGGGGUCCGUGCAGAUGGGCCUGUGCUCUACGGUCAGGACCCCAGCGUGUGUCCACCCAGUUCCCUGUGGCGCAGGUGGGGAGUGGACCAGGCUGGCCAAGGGGAGCCCGCCCCUGCUGUAGAGCCCUCCCCUUGUGGCCCCACAACCCCAACCUUGGGGCAUUUCAAGCCAGGGUGAUGGACCUGCCAGGCCUGGCCCCCACCUGACACCCCAGGGCCAGGGACCCCACUCUGGACCCCUGAGGGUGCUCUCCAGGCAAAGGCGGUUGGACAGGAGCAGCCAGGAGCCGGGUGCACUCUGGCUUCCCUGCUGCUCUAGGCGCUGCUGAGGCCAGAGGGGGCAGCUCCAGAUUACUUUUACUACAAAAGAAAGCUACUUAGUUUCAUAAAGAUAAAUCAGUUGUAGCUAAAUGAUGCAGUGUCUAAUUAAAUAUGAGUCUGAAAUUA